AUGGCCAUCUAUCUUCCUCGAUGGCACUCCAGAUUUCAGUUGCCCGCACGUUCGCCGCUUUGCAUGGCAAUGUUGGCGUGCCGGCGAAUGGCCACGACGACCAGCAGCAGUAGCACUUUCGCUCCGCUGGUGUCACAGCCCCGGCCGGGUGUUGCUUCGUGGCACUACAGUGGCACCGAUUGCCGACCUCACCGGAAGUUGGCGGCUGUCUACGCGUUGCUGGAGGAGCGCCUUCCCGUCGCUCCGCUCUGCCCCAACGACGCACUCGAUACACUGCUCUGCCUUGUGCCAACGGAUAUUCACCACAACGGCGUGGUCGACCAUCUCGUGCGCAUCGUUAGCGGGAACGCAUGCUGCAUUGAUCCGUCCCUGUGCCUUGCUGUCAUGGAGAGGCUGCUGGUGCCAGCGCUGCCGUCCUGGCUACGUGGGUCACCCAUAGUCACGGAAAGCAGCAGCGACGGUGACGACUUGCCAGCUGCCGAGAUAAGCGAUGCGGCACUGCUGAUGGCCCUGGAGCCGCUUGGCCGCGUACUGAGCCGGUGUGUGGUGGUGCACGUGCGCCUCUGGCUCGGCGACAGUGGACACGUCACUGACUCGUUGUGUCGCCUGCGCGGCUGGCACACGCUACGCACAGGUCCUCUCUGCCGGCGAUCGCCCCACAACAGCGGAGAAGGUGACGACAGCAGUAGCUCCUUCUUACUGAGGGCAGCGGCGGUGCUGAUGUCUUUCACAGUCCAGAGCCAGCUCUGGAACUGUAGCGGCAGUAGGCAAGGUGCCGUGAUGAACAGUGGCACCAAGCAACACCGUGGACGACGAGAGAGCAGCGAUCGAUGGCACGCCUGCAGUCUCAUCGCCGUAGCCUACCCAGUUGUGCGGUAUCUCUACUUGAACCAGUCGCAAGCGAAUGGGCGAGGGCGUCUCGCGGCUCGAGCGGGCAUCCGCGCAUCCGUUCCAACGGCGGAGACGCUCCAGCCGUCGCCCAGCAGCGGUAGCGCGGCCUCAGGCGACCGGUGUGCGUUUUGUCCGUCGCGCUGGGGCACAGUGCGCUCACUUGGCCAACAGUGCUGCUGGUGGUCCACGGUGGUAUGCUGCGCCAUCCCGGCCAUCCCAUCCACAGCCGGUCGUGCCUUUGCGGUGCACUCGCUGGUUGACGUCGUUCAUAAAUUGCACAGAACCCUGGCACCGUGCCUCGUGCCGUGUGGGUCGUCAUUACUGUGGGUGUGCUCGGAGCAUCCUCCACAGCUGCCCUCCCCCGAGACACUUCGAGCAUGUUUAGCGAUGCUUGAGUGGCUCCUCGUUGACAGCGUCCCUGUCGUGCGUGACAGGAGCGAGGCUGACGCCUCGUGGCUCUUGCCCGCUGACUCGAAGAGAAGCGUGCAGUCUUCGCGGUCUUCCGCAUGGACAGCGGAACUGCGGCGUGGCUGGCGCCACCUUGGCGGCGACUUCACUCGCCUCUCUGCUGCUGCGUUGGGGCGUAUGGUAAACGGUCCAUGCACCGCGUCUGACGUUUGCGGUCGUAGGGCGUCACCCGGUGACGCGGCUGGCAAGCGCGACUCCGCCGCGCCACUGCCUGCCUCACCACCUCUGCGGCUGAGUCUAACCGGUGCGUGCCCCUGUAGCCACCUCGUCCGCGGAAUGGCGAAUGUCGGCUAUCGCCUUGCUCUGCAGUGGGCCGCCGUGGUGACCCCUUUGACGACCGCUGUGGCGAUGUCGGCACUGGUGGAGGGCACGCUCGACGCGCAGCUCCGGUGCAGGACAUUCCAGCGGCUUGGCUUCCUUGACAAACCUCAGCGUCAGCAGCAGGAGCAGGGGCGGGCGCCCCCCGCGUGUGAGCUGGACGUGGUCCUGCGAUUACUGCACGCCAUCACGUCUGUCAGACCCGUGUUGUCGAAAGCAGCGUCCACCAUCAGCUCUGACUCGUCAGCUGCAGCUGAGCUUGUCUUUGUGGAGGAGACGACAUGGUGUAAGCUGGCAUGCCUCGUGAACCUUGUGCGCUGCCGUCCAACUGACAGAGCAGAACGCGGCCAAGACCGCGCCGGUACGGCAGGUGUAAUGCAAGAGCAUCAGAAGUUUGUUCAGCUUCAAGAGCAGCGACUGCUGCAUUGCGGCCUGGUCCAUGUGCUGGCGCGCGCGGCGAUCUCGACAGCUGAGGCUGCUUCCUGUGAAACCGUGGGUGCAACAUUGAUUGAUGAUGUCGCAGCUCUUGGCCACGGUGGCACAGGUCCUCCUUUGUCCGCCCACACGCCUCCUCAUGCGCUGCCCGAAUCCUCGGCUGAAUUCCUUUGCGCACUGCUGAAGUUCUGGCGCACAUGGACGGUGGACUGGCCUCUGCAGCUUCACGCGACCUGGCUGCAGGAGCUGGAAUCGGCUGCCGCAGUUGUAGCGUUGCCUGCGGGCGCCGCAGUGAAGGGUGCUGACGGGAGAGAGAGCAGUGGUGGCACAUCACCCGCUACAAGAGCAACCGCCGCACACGCCGAGGCGGCGAUGGCGGUACCCAACUUUCCUUUUCGGGGUGUCGCCGACGACCCAUGCGACCAGGCGUGCCGGUCGAUGCAUCGCCGGUUGUGCUCGCUCCUCACCGAGGCGUGGGCCGCGACGACGGACAUUCGGCACGAUCGCGACCCACUCGAUUUGUGUGCGUGCUGGUAUGCUUUCUCUGCUGUGUCGCAUCCGCUUCGUGGUCCUUCGGCGACUGGAGCGUCACUAACCGCGAGAGCCGGCACGCUCUCAUCUACAUGCUGCGCCUCUUCGCAACUAUUCCAGCAGUGCUCCUGCGUGUACGAGAGCCCCCGAGGGGACAAGCUGCGCGGGCAGUUGACUCUCAUGGCCGCCGCAUCCGAGGCUCGUGUCUCCUGCAUGUGUGAGUCAUGGUUUAAGCGACUUCGCGAUCGCCCCAGCAAUCGCAUUAUGAGUCACAUUUUGCAGUUGAGCGAACAACGUCCAAUGCUGCGGCACUGGCCUUCCGUGCAGCGCCAGAAAUGUGACGUGCCCGCAUUUGGCUGGUGCCCCAUCUCUCUUCCUUCAAUUGUCUCGCAUCUUGCUCUCCGCGUGCUCUACCGCAGCAGGCCGGAGGGCCCGGCCGGCACCACGGCGGCCAUCCUUGACGGCAACGGUGUGACCCCCGAGCUGCCUCGCGUCAGCGACUCGUUUGUUUCCAUGAUGCAUGCCGCGAUGCUAACACCGGUGACGGAGGAGCUGGCUGCCUUUCAGCUGUCGGUGGUUUGCCGGUAUGCGGAGUGGUGCCAAUCCGCGGGAGUGCACAUCGGUUGGUGCGCCUGCGCUGUUCAGGCCCACUGUACAGCUGGUGGUUCUGGUGUCUCUGUCUCGUGCAUGCCUGUCGAUGGCCUCGUAGGGCCGGCCUCCGGCGCUACCGGUAUGCCGUGGUGGGUACUGACGGUGGACGGGAUGGCGGUCAGGGAAAGUAGGCGGGGCAGCGUUAGCGUAGCCACAAUCCUCUUCCUGUGGGAGCAUGGAGUUGCUGCUGCUACUGGGAUGGAGGCUUCUCGUUUCUUUGGACCUCAUGACCGUCACGGAAGCGGUCGCGCGUCUGCGAUACGGCCACUGAUGCCACCGCGGCCCCGCACUGCUGGCGACGGUGCCUUGGCGGAAUUGUCUGCGGCGUCGCCGAGUGAGAUGGAGUUGGGCACUCUUGGUGCGCCACCCAAAGCCGCGCCGGAGUUGGACGACGAAGUCGGCGGCUGUCGUGACUUCUCAGACGAAGACCCCAGCAUGCGUCAGAGCGUUGUGGCGUGGGGCCACCGCUACGCGUUGCGUCUGCUUCUUUUCGAAGUGACGGAGGGUCAGCGGCACCGCGAGAGCAGUACCGCGCUAGCUCGUCGGUCGCAGCAGCAGCUGGCAAGGCGAGCGCUGUGUGAUCCCCGGCGUCAAAGACGCAGGGCGUUGGCGGCGAUCCACGAAGGAUCCGUGCAGGAGGAUGCGAAGUCUGCAGCCGGUGCACGUCUCUUCAACUACGCUACAUCUGCGUACCGCUCUGCUGUGUCGGGGUUGGACAUUACGCCACGAUUUGUGUGGCACAGCGACGCCUACCGGCCACUUUUGCAAUUUGUGGCGGAGAGCGCUGCGUGUAUGGUGAAUCAGCUAGCUGCCGAAGUGCUCGCUUUCGCCUGCACGACGGCGGCGCACAGUGAGACAAGCAACUCCAAGGUCGAGGCGGACGAACCGAGGACCGCAGGACAUCGCGUUUUUGGUGCCAUUGUGACGGGUUUGUUCAAGGCAAAGCACUCUGGGAGCUGGACGACGCGCCUCACCGCGCACUUGUGGGGCGAGCUUCGCCGCAGUUGGGCACAAGCUACCGUCGCACAACUUUCUCGCACCUUCCCCUACGCUGACGGCACCAGUUUCCUCGGUAGCCGCCACCGUCCGUCACCGACGCCGGUGGUGCACUGCUCACUCGGCCAGCACCCAGAGUCGCUUGGGCUCGCAUCAUCAGACCCUGUGUCGCGUUUAGAGCAGCUGCUGUGCGGCCUUGGCCUUGUCGCGGCAUCGGAGAAACACCUUGUUUGCCAUGCACCCGGCUCUGUGAUGUCGACGGAGGGAGUUGCCGAAGAGUCUUAUGCGCUUCUCGCCUCCCUGUUGCUCUCUCCCGAGCUGGUGUGCACGUCCUCGAUUGUGGUACGCUUUGCGAACACCGCUCUUUGGCCGAAGUGCUGGGGCUCUCUGGCGAGGGCCUCCAGCGCUGCUGCCCAUCACAACGCUGGCAGCAUGCCGAACAGUCUAGAAGGGCUGGAGGAUGUGGCAGCUCAGCUUGACGCACUCGUCACCUUUCGGGUUAUCUUGCGCUGCAUCGAGCAGGUGCAGCGACUCGUGCACGAGUUGGUGGAGUACCUCUGUUGCGUUUUCGUGCCAGCCGUGCAAGCAGACCACUGCGCCGCCUGUCUCACAGCCAUGCCGGUGGAGGCGAUGUGUCGCCUCGCAUGUACAUUUUCAUCGUCUGCAUCCUGCAGUGCUGCGUCACCGACAACGCACCCAGAGCACGUGGCCACUGCCAAGCGCAACCGACGCGAUGCGCGCAAUCUGCGUAGGCAUUUUCGCUUCUCCUCCGCAAUGGUGCGCGCGUUUGAGGUGCUGUGCCUCGGCAGAUGCGGUGAUGAGCGGCGAGCACCGCGGGUAUGGGAGCAAUGGACACGCGAGUUGCUUCGUAGCGAUCGGGUUCUGCGUGAACACCCUUUGCUGCGGUCGACGUCACAGUGGUGCAGCUGA